AUCCACAGGAGAAGAAGAAGAAGAAGAAGGAGAAGAAGAAGAAGAAGAAAAAGAAGAAGAAGAAGAAGCAGCUCGACAGGAAGCGAAGAUGUAAACAAAUCAGAAACUACACUGAUCUGGAUCAAACGGAACCAUCUCCCAUCUUUAGCUGGAUCAGUUGGGUUCGACACUAAAAGCAAUUCCUGAGCUCGGUCAGCCGAACCGCUGCUGUUCUGCUGCUCGGGCUCGGUUCGGACUCCGAUCCCGGGUCUUUGUUUCGCUUUGGAUCGAAAUGGAAGAUAACAAGAUGGUGGCUGGGAAAGUGAAGAAGCCCGGGAAACGCGGCCGGAAGCCGGCGAAGAUCGACCUGAAGGCCAAGCUGGAGCGCAGCCGGCAGAGCGCCAGGGAGUGCCGGGCCCGGAAGAAGCUGCGCUACCAGUACCUGGAGGAACUGGUUUCCAGUAAGGAGAGGGCCAUCUGCGCGCUGCGGGAGGAGCUGGAGAUGUACAAGCAGUGGUGCUCGGCCAUGGAUCAGGGCAAGAUCCCGUCGGAGAUCAAAGCUCUGCACGGAGACGAGCAGAAGAUUCCUCAGAGCGGCGGCGGCACCAAGGCGGCCAAGAACGGCAAGACCAGCAGCGCCGUCCAGAGCUAGCGGCCGCUCUAUCUGCUCUGACCUCGUCUCUCGUUGCUGAGGUCGGCCAUCUUGUCUUCUCCCCGCUUCCCGCCUCCCACCUGUCCAGACGACACUCUGAGGUGACCCGGAUGUUUCACGGUCACAUGACCCACUGGCUUUCAGCUCCUGAGAAAAAGACCUUAAAGUCUGAUCGUCUCGCCGAACGUUUCUGUUCUGGUUCUGACGGAUCCAGUCCUGGAUCCAUUUCUGCUUCGUUUUCAGGUGAUUCUGUCUAAAUCUGGUCCAGAACCCGUUUACCCAGGAAUCCCAGAUGUUCUGUUCUGGUUCUGGUCGUGAUCCUUCCUGGAUGUUGUGCACUUUCUUUAUUGUAGCAGAAGCACUUUGAGUUCUGAAGAACCUUUGUAGCUUUUACAGAACUUCAAUUUGUCAAAGCAAAUAAACCAGAAUCAUGAUUCUGA